AUGGACACUACACCUGCACCAUCUAGAGCUACCACGCUGCCGAACCAAACCCCUAAACGAGCCCGAAGUUCACCUACUCCUAGUCCAGCAGACAUAGGUAAACGCUCUCGUAGAGAGGGCACACCCCUUCUCUUUUCACUUUCAGACUCGUCUUCCCCUUCCACACCAUCUGAAUCUUCACCACGUGAUCCAGGAUCCGCCAACCUUUCUUCCUUCUGUGCGUUUUUGGACCAGCAAACCACCCCUCAGUCUGCAUCCAAGUCGAGACGUGUAUCCAGACCUUCCCCUCCUCGAACCAGAUCCCAGUCCGUUCCCAAUGCUACAAUUCUAACAACUACCAAACCAGUACCAAUCACACCGUCGACGACCAUUAUAUCCGCUACCAAACCGUAUUAUCACCAAACCAAGGACAAAUCAUUAUGGAAACUACCUGCUCUAAAGAAAUCAACCUUAAUAAUUGGAUCAUCUAACCUGAAUCGAAUUACCAAAACCAGUUCAGACACCGAAAUACAUUCUUACCCCGGUGCCCAAAUCCAUCACAUACAGUCAAUCCUGGAAUCAUACGACCAUGAUCCCAAACCUACUACCAUUAUUCUUCAUAUCAGAAUAAGAACAGAAGAAAACCCAAUAUCAAGACCCUUAAUCCUAAUUUCUAAAUAA